AUGAAGCCCAGGCAUGUCGUGGAGACACUUUCGGAGGCUAACAACUUGACUCUUCUCAUUGACACCGGCUCAUCUGACAUAAUCGUCAACCCCGGACUUUACAAGAGAGGACCUCAGUCUGUCGAUAUUCACUCGAACUUUACGAAUACUUAUGGCACCACAGAGGACGAUGGCUCCGGAACUGGAACCGUUACAGGUACAUUAUACAACGAUACCGUCAAGUUUGGUGCUGUUAGUGCGCAUCAGACCAUUGGAUCCGCACAAGCUGGGGCCAAUGGCGAGGCUUUGAUACCUGCCGACGGUAUCGUAGGCUUCGCAGGCCUAGAGGUAUCUGCAUUCAACGGUGCAUCCCCUUUCUUUCAUAGCCUGUGCGAGCAAGGGGAGGUGUCUCCGUGCCGAUUUGGUAUCACUCUAGGAAAUGGGAAGGGUACUCAGGUGCUAGGUGCCCUGGACGAGACACUGUUCAAAGGGGAGUUGAGUACAACUUCCAUCAUUCAAGAGUGGGCGCUUUAUGCCGAUAUCGCUCUUGAUGGCAAGAUCAUCAAGAGGGAUGCAUUGGUAGAGUUGGACACGGGAACUGCAACAGUGAUUGGUCCAAUAGAUGAUGUGAUCGCAAUCUUCAAAGCUGCAUCCAUUCAAUACGUGGUUCAAACUUCCCAGGAUGCUGGUACUUCCGUCACUGGGUACUUCCCCUGUGACCGACCACCCACCUUGGGUUUAUCAAUCCCUUCCCAGAGCAACGCGACCACUGCUACAAGACAAAAGUCAAAGCUUGUCAGCCAUCGGAGCUCGAUUUUCAAUAUUGCACCAGACCAGUGGAUUGCUGCGGACAAUGGAAGCAACAACUGUACAGCCAUUCUCUCUGGGACAGACGCCUUCCCUCUUCCCGAUUUAUGGGUAGUCGGCCAACCGUUUUUCCACGGCACUUACGUCGACCACAAUCUUGAGGACCGCACCCUGGGCUUUGCCGCCGCAAGAUGUGCAAACUGA